AUGGAUGGCGAACCAGAAGUUUUUUCAGAUACCGGUACAAAUUGCAAUUUUGCAUCGGCAUCGGAAACGUUGUCAGACAACAAUCAAGCUAAGUUGGACUCAUUAGAAAAAAAGGCAGUUCACUUAAGACUAGUGUUAGAAAAAGAUUUUAAGGCCGCUGAUAUAAAAUGGAGUCUAUUCGUCGCAGCAGCAUUUAGUUUUAGGUACGAAAGCUGUCUGAGGCCUUUUCCACCAGUAUUUAUGAAAAAUGGAAUCAAGGAUAUGGAUGAAUUACUCAGCGUUAUUACGGAUGUACCAGCUUUGGAUUUAGUUUUACAACAGUUGGACAAUCUUGAUAACUUGGCAAAUAUAAGUGACAUUCUUGAUUUACUUUUUUACGUGUUGGUUAGAUUAAAAGAACCUAGUUUAAAAACUAUACCACCAGAAGCUCAUGAAUCCAUUUUAAUAAAUGUACAUUCGUUCCUGCCCGCGCCUAAACCUCAAUACAUAUUCCAAGUGGUAAACUCUUGCAAGUCGCACUCUGAAAUGAAAUGGAAGGAGUUAUCCAAAGACCAGAAAGUGUUUUAUGCGUAUCACGGCAAUCGCUUGGAAAACUUUUACACCAUUUUACAUUUCGGACUUCAGCAACAUUUGAACAAGGCGACAAUAAUGGCAAAUGGUGUUUACCUGUCGACGGAAUUGAGUAUGAGUCUACCUCACAGCCACGGGGGCUUUGGUUGGGGGGCGAGUUGCAUCGGAGGUCAUCUCUCGUGUAUAGCGAUGUGCGAAGUUAUAGACGCGCCUGAAGGCAUUAAUUACUAUAAACCGAUUUCUAACGAAGGUGACGGUACAUACGAAGAUGAUAAAAAUAAAGAAUCUGAUGAAAACGACUUGAACACCAGAACAGCUAGCUACGUUGUUACCAACAGCGAGUUGAUGCGUAUGCGAUACUUACUUGUGUACGCCAAACAGCCAACGUCAAUGAGGUUCUCAACAACGAGCACAAAUAGGAAUGCUGGUGGAUUUCGACAAUGGCUGACAAGACACAAGCUGGUUUCCAUAUUGCUUGGUUAUGGAUUAAUGCUCGCAACCAUUGGCUUCGCCAAUAAUCAACCCAUCCACUACUAUUACAAAAUUUUGUUAAAGAAGUUAGAUAUUGCAUUGAGCAAUGUUAAAUAG